GUAUUUAAUGGACUAUCCUACACAUUUCGAUUUCAAAACCCAGUCCUUUCAAAUAUUGUUGAUAAUGAAGGGAUUGAUAUACAGCCAUCCGGAUAUCGCUCAAGUUGGUUGAUGAAUUGUGAUAAUGGGGGGAAAGUAGAAGAAAUUCCAUAAGAUCUAUAUAGACAUAUGUAUAUAAGUGAUCUGUGGACACAUUGAUACAAAUGUUUAUUUAAUCACAAGUAAACUUUUACCGCUGCGUCCUAUCACGCGAAAAUAAUCACGGAUCAUGAACCGUACCGUUGUUAUCAAUUCUUAACAAAUAUAUUUAAAUGAUAUCUUUUAUACGUUUAGGGCAAUCGUAUUACUUCAUUUUAUCUUUGCGCACUUCUUUGCGUUUUCCUCUCGAGGUAACAAUAUAAAAUACGGCCAAUUUAUUUUCGAAAAAUUUUAAAAGCAGUAACAUGGAUUUUCAGAAAUUAUUUAACGAUAAUGUUAAUUUUGACCAAUCAGUUUUGGAUGAGAAAAUUAGUUCUAUACGUUCUAAAGUUAAUGCAUUAGAUGCUAAUAAGAAAACUGCUUGGUUAAUGAAAGCAAUAGGUUUUAUAGAUUUAACUACUUUAGGAGCUGAUGAUACACUUGAUACAGUUGAAGCUAUAUGUGCAAAGGCAGUAAAUCCUCUUCAGCUACAAUCUAAUUCACCUGUAAAUACUGCAUCUGUAUGUGUCUAUCCAUUAAGACUUCCAGAGUUAAUAGCUACAAUGGCAAAACUUGAUAAAGAGCAUAAGAUUAAUAGGGACACUGUGGGUGGUGGAUUUCCAUCUGGGCAAUUUCCACUAGAAACUCGACUACGUGAAGUGGAAAUAGAUAUUGAGCUUGGAGCUGAUGAAGUUGAUAUUGUUAUCAAUCGACCAUUAGUUUUAACACAGCAGUGGCACAAAUUAUAUGAAGAAUUGAAAUCAUUUCGUGUUGCCUGUGGCAACAAAGUCCUAAAAGUAAUACUUUCCACUGGAGAAUUACAAAAUUUGAAUAAUGUAUACAAAGCAUCCUUAAUAGCAAUGAAGGCUGGUGCAGAUUUUAUUAAAACAUCUACUGGAAAGGAAACAGUAAAUGCUACUUUACCAGUUGGAAUAGUUAUGUGCCAUGCAAUAAAAAAUUAUUAUGAAUCUACCAACAAAAAGGUUGGUUUCAAACCUGCUGGUGGUAUUAAAACUUCACAAGAAGCUUUGGAAUGGAUGAUGUUAGUUCAGACAGAAUUAGGAGAAGAAUGGUUAACCAAAAACUUAUUUAGAAUUGGUGCAUCCUCUUUAUUGGAUGACAUUGUUGGAGUACUAAAGUCCAACUAGUAGUUGAAAAGUUGGCAUUCAAAUUUUAUAUCACUUUAAUAUAAUAAUAAUAAAAUGUUUAUAUUUUAUGUA